AUGACCAACGAGAGUAUCCUUCGAAUCCCGCGGAGUGACGCUUCCGGCGAUUAUGCUCUGAUCAAGGUAUCUAAAUCGGGGUCUUCCCACUUGGACUUGCAGCUUGUUGGAACAGAGGGAGAGAACCCGUAUGCGGGAUCUGUGAAGACAGCGGGAAUAAAAAAGCUACAAGCCAAAAACUACCGUGGCGACGAUGAGGAAUGGGCUGGAAUCCUUUCCUACGCCUUCAAUCAGAGCCAGGAGUCCAAUGCAGAUUCAGAAUGGGUUUCCGGACUGGAAAUCCUGGCGUCGGUACAAUCUAAUGGCGACGAUGACGAGGCCGAUAAGGAGCUGCAUAUCACAUUGAGAAAACGUAUAGACUCGAUUACGCAAAAACUGGGCACUGUUAUCCUAAAACAAGACGAUGAACAGGCGAUUGAACUAUUUGAAUGGGCCGGAACCGCCGUGUCCAAGGCGAAGACGCUGGGAGAACAAGUUUCUAGCCUGCAAACGAAAUAUCGUGAAGCGGAGGACACGAUAAAGAAAUUAAACGCCCAAUUAGCGGAAUUUAUUGAAGCUAAGAACCAGCAUGACGAACAGUUGAUCGCAAAGUUCGUUGGGCUAUUGAAUGAGAAGAAGGCCAAAAUUAGAAGCCAACAACGCCUAUUAACGAAGGCCAAGGAAAAUCCGGAGACAGCUGCCGAACUAGAAAAAGAAGCUGUUCUUGAGACAGCUUCCCGAAAACCCGCCGCGAGUAGGCGGGGUAAGAGAAAGGCGGAUGAACCAGCACCUGAAGAAUCCGAGAGUGAUGAUGGUUUUGACGUUAUGGAUAUUGAUAAAACAGGCAAUGCAGCGGAAGAAGACGAAGACAAUACCACUGACGAAAGACAGGACACACCAGAGCCCCUGGAGGAGGAGACGGCUUCAGAACUAGACGACGAAGCACCUCCUGCUCCCGCACCGAAGAGGGGAGGAAAGACAGAGACUAAAGCUAGAACAGCGCCGGCGCGUGCUCCAGCUGCAAAAGUAACUCGGAAUACGCGUGCAUCAUCUGCAAAACCCCAGGCUACAGAGCCGCCUCCACCACGGGAAUUGCCGUUUGGCAAGAAACGGGCAGCAGCGCCUAAACCGGUCAUAGAAACGAGCCAAGCGAACGCGGAUGGAGAUGAAACUGACUCUGAUGAUGAACUAUGA